GGGUCACUGACAAAGGGGCAGCGGCGGAGCUGCCUCCUCCCCGCCCCCCGGUGGCAUCCCCCACCCCCUCCCGGGACCGCUGCUGAUUCGGUGGGACUCUCUGACAGCGCGGAUUUCUCCUAGAUCAGCCUUCACCUGGAUAUAACACUGCCGGGCCGUCGCCGCCGCGAUGACAACUUUGGCUGGAGCUGUCCCCAGGAUGAUGCGACCCGGGGCUGGCCAGAACUACCCCCGCAGCGGGUUCCCGCUGGAAGUCUCUACUCCUCUAGGCCAGGGCAGAGUCAAUCAACUCGGAGGAGUGUUUAUCAAUGGCAGGCCUUUACCAAACCAUAUCCGACACAAGAUAGUGGAGAUGGCCCACCAUGGCAUAAGGCCCUGUGUCAUCUCUCGCCAGCUGCGAGUGUCCCACGGCUGCGUCUCCAAAAUUCUCUGCAGGUACCAGGAGACGGGCUCCAUCCGGCCGGGGGCCAUCGGCGGCAGCAAGCCCAAGCAGGUGACGACGCCGGAUGUUGAGAAGAAAAUCGAGGAAUACAAGCGGGAAAACGCGGGCAUGUUCAGCUGGGAGAUCCGGGACAAGCUGCUGAAGGACGGGGUGUGUGACCGCAACACGGUGCCGUCAGUGAGCUCCAUCAGCCGCAUCCUGCGCAGCAAGUUUGGGAAAGGUGAGGAAGAGGAAGCCGAGCUGGAAAGGAAGGAGGUGGAGGAAGGUGACAAGAAGGCCAAGCACAGCAUUGAUGGCAUCCUCAGCGAAAGAGACUGGACAUACAAGACGAGAGAUGGCUCUCAUGCAACCAAACCCAAGCUCCCAUUUUAGGACCUGUUAUGGCUUCGUACAGUGGCAGGCAAAUGCCAAGCACCCUGGAGAUGUGAAGAAGCUGCUUUCAAGAAACCCUCUUACUUUUGAAUGUGGUGCAGUGUUAGGAGGAUUUCAAUGUUUUCAGAGAAAUUAGAAACGAGAAUUACUUUUAUUGCGAACUAAGAAAGCUCUCUCAUUACAUGUCUUCCUGUUAAGACUGUCCCUUGCAGUAUUACUGGGCACCCAGCAUCACACAUGUGUCUUCUCAGGCUGCAGUGCUCUGUCACAUGUGAGUGGAACAAACGGACUCAGCUCAGCGGUGCUGUAGCACUGGAAGGCAAGAUGAAGGAGGAGCCAGAAUUUUUAUAGCUGUAUAGUUGGCAUAAUGCUUUUUUUUUUUAAACACCUCUCCCCUCUGGGAAAUAAAGAGGACCUUUAAAUAGAUGUUAUCAAUUAACCCUACAGCCUAACAAUUUAAGAUAGCUGAUUUUACAGAGAUCAAAGAUUGUAGCUAAGAAGCUAGGCAUUUUAACAACUUUUCUGAAUUCAUGUGUUUGCAUUUUGCUAUUUUUUUUUUCUACUUUUAAACAUUGCAGAUCUGUUUGGGACCACUUUCACUGUUAUCUUAGAGAAUUUGCCCUAUUUCUGGAGGGUAAAACAGUCAGCUUUAAUGAAACUAUUGAUUUUUCAGUGUGUGGAAUAUCAUCUAACAAUGAACUCCUCUUCAUGCUCCAAGAAUAGCACAGGCAGUUUCAUUAGGUUCCUAUCUGGGAAAAAAACUUAAUUAAAGUCUAUUUACAUUGUGUCUUCUGUGCGUGGAAAUUCCUGGUACCUGUGGGUGAUUGAGGGCUACAUCUGAGUCUAGAAGUUUGAUAGAAAGUCCACUGAAAUGAUGAGACUGGCAUUUAAUAUUUGGGAUGAAGAACUAAAUUCUAAAGUGUCUUUGCCAUUGGGAAUGGCAAAGAGCAUUGGGAAUGGCAAAGAGCAAGUGAGUGAUAGUACGUGUGCUUUUGUACCUUACAUAUGCCUUAAAUACUCUCUGUUUAGACAAUCAUAUCACUUCAAGUCAUGGAAACCCCAGAUGCUUAUGUUGUUGGGUCACUACGUACAUGUUGCAUGUAUCACAGCACUGCCUUGACCUGUGUGCUCAGGAUAUGAAAGAUCCCACAGCACACCUGCACCUUUAUAAUAUUAAAGCUGUUGCCUUUUCUCUCCUUGUCUUCGUACCAGAUGAUUGUCAUUGUUGGUGUUAACAGAAGGCGUGUUUUGUAUUUUUAUGCAUGCACGCACUGUUUGCAGACUGUGCCCUACUCUGUACCCACUUACACACAUAGUUUGUAGGUGAAGUGUGCUUGUAGUAUAUUUUGGCAGUGUAAAGGAUCUGCAUGUUGAGGAUAGUGUGUGUAGCAUGUUCUGUGCUCCUUAAGUCUCCGGAAGCUGAGACAGCAAAAAAUACGACUCCGAUUUGUAGUAAGAAAGAUUCUGUUUGAGAGUGCUUAAUAAUAUGUUGAAUUUUUUUGUCAGGUGUGUUAGCAAGUGCAAUACUGCAGAGUUCCAAGACAUUUUGGCAUCCCAUAACAGCUUGCAUUGUGCAAGAGUGAAGAACUGUAAGCUCGAAUUGGAAACAACAAGGCAGGGUGAGAGGGCACGAGAGUGGAAAAUAAUCAGGAAGGAGAAGUUAGUGACAGUGGGGGAUCUGGCACCUUGGGUUGCAUGUUUUGGGUACCAGACCUGGCAGGCUGUAAUCACAGUGGGAUGCAGGAGUUAUCUCAUGUGUGACAUGUCACAGGGGUGUAGUAUUGGAUCUGUACUUCUUCACAGCUGUUAAUAAAUGCCAGGUAGAUUAGCUAAAUGGGCCAAGCCAGCCUCAAAUUCAUGAGACUGUUAGAAACCAAAAAAAUAUCUAAAUCCCAGUCUAAAAUUUUAUCCCUUUGCUCAGACUCUUUCAAUAUUUUUGUUUAUUUAAAGGCUGACCUAGAACUUUUAAGGAAAACCCCUGGAGUUUAUAUUCCACUACUUUGCCCUGUAGCAGAGAAAGCUGGGAAAUUGACAAUAUAGUAGCAACUAGUUUUAAUAACUAAUAAUUUUUUAAAUAGCCAGCCACUGAACCCUGCCCAUUGCCCUCCCUUUCCCCCAAAAGAGGGUGGUCAAAACCCUCCAAACCCAUGAACACCCUCAUCACAACCCUUUGCAAAAAGCUGUGCAGGGGCUGGGACUGUCUCUGACUCUCCUGGGGACUGUGGUGGUCUGUGGGUUAAAUGAAGGCUGGGUAGCACUGGUGUGGAACAGUUCUUUGAAUGCCUGUGGGAAUUAUAUUUUAAAAUUGAGUGAAGGCACUUACUUCCCUAUCCCCCAAAAAAUCAAAGCAACCUUAUUUGUUGCUUAAUUUUUCUGGUUUAUUUUGUUUAAUUUACAGCUUUCUAGGAAAUGUUUUGUAGUCAAAUUUUGUUGAAGUGCUUCAAAUCACAGUUUCUUUUAAACAGCUACAAAAUAGAAAGUGUCAUGGUGAAGUCUGCUAAAAUUAAUAUAGUGAAAGUAAUAGAUAGGCUAACAUUUUAUAUUAGCAUAAUAAUGUAAAUACUACGUAAGCUGUGCUCUGUGCACACUGUGAAUUGCAUGCUUAUCAACAUGCACGUUUCAUUUCUCAUUGUUUGAAAUCUCUGUUAAUGUUGGGGUUAUAUAAUGGGGCUUGAUAUUAAUUAAAACUUUAUUUCAUUUUGAUUCAAAUCAAAUUGGACAAAUUCAAAUUGAACAAAUACUCUUUCAAAAUAAAUAGUGGGGGUGGGGGGAAAAGAAAUAAUAGGGUUAUAAUGUGUUUUGCAAUGUUAGUGUCCAAGCAAAGCCUACAGGACAUUCUAACAGGUAUCCUGUGCUUCUGUCUUAUUUGUGUGACUAGAAUAGUUCAGAAAAGCCCGUGUGUUUAUAUCACACAGUAUUUGGGGCAGUUACUUUUUCAGUUUUGGGGGCUACUAAUAAUUCAGAGAUUGUUAUAACUUUGUUCAUAUCUGUAGAUGUUUCAAAGCAGGUGAUGUAAAUGUGUAUAUGUUUAGUCAAAUAACUUUUGACAUCUCUACAGUCAAGCAUUCACCAGCACCCAUCAUUCUUGUAGGCUUUCAAGAGCAUUUAUCAGCAUCUGUCAACAAGUAGUAAGUGAGGGCAAACGUAUGGGAAUUACAUAUGUCUGUGGUGUAGAGAAUGGAUCAAAAGUGACUCCCAGCUGGAUGCAUUUUCUGUGCUGUAAAGGUGCUGUGGGGCUGGCUGCAGCCCAGCACAGCCUAUCAGUCUUGUCUGCUGACUGCUCUGAGCUGGGCUGAUGUUCAGCUUUUUUCUGGUUUUCCUGUUGGACUGAAGAAUUGUGUGUUUUCUUCAGAAACUGAGCUCUCCAUAUUACUUUUGAAUACACAGCAAGCUGUAUACGUUGCCUUAUUAUUAGCAAAUCAGUGAUAAUCUCUUUAUAGCAUUGUGCGUGUGCAUGGAACUUGGAACUCCUUUUUGUUUAAUCACCCAAAUUUCAGUUGUUUCAAUGUCUACCUAAAAAAAUAAAAUAGAAAAUAUCUUGCUUUAAUUUCUCAUGUCCACUAAUAGCCUGCAGUAUGGCAACAGUAUGGUCUAGUGGCAUCUGUGAGCUCUAGCAGCUUUAGUGAGGUUGGUUUGCUCACGUCUCACCUCACUGGAGCAGUCUGAGUGAUGUGUAGGCGUUGCACUGUGAGCUCCUGGGUGACCAUCACUGGGAAGGGUAAUUAAAGGAUGACACCAGGAGUUCCCUGGCACACAAACCCCACAGGGCAAGAAACAAGGAGAAUCUGCAGGUGAUCAGCUCUUGGAUGGACUCCAGUUAAUUACUGUAAUGGCAUCACAGGCAGUAUAAUGACUGAAACAGUGCUGUGUGUGCCACAGAGUCCUGCACCCCUGUGCUAGUGCCUGAGGCAGGGGCUGGGAAUGAAACACCCCACAGGAUGUAACCCAGGAGGUGCUGAGCACCCUGCUGCUGUCCCAUUGUAACCCUGUAAAGGGGCCUUUCAUCCCAGAUCCUGGAACAACUAUAGGGGCAGAGACUGUCUUUGGCCAGUGGGACUGGAGGGCUCAGUACCCUGUAGAACCAGGUCCCAUGACAGAAGAUGAUGGAUUUUGAGGUCAGCACCCCAAUUCUUAUGUAGUUGUGAUGGGAGUGACCUUGAGUUACUAACAGAUUUGGCUGAAAAAGAGGCAAUUGGCAGGAGUAGGUAGUACCUUGGAAAAUCAAUCACUGGAAAAAUACCUGGUGAAAAAUGCAACCUGUUUAUUGGCUGAAGUCUGGAAGAAAAAAAAAAAAAAAUCAGCAUUCUUAGUUUUCUAUUACAAAACCCAGCAAUCUUCUGCAAAGGAAAGUGAUUUCUACAGUAAAUGGAGCGUUCAAUGACAAAAUCGACUAUUGUCUUAAAAAAAAAAAAAAAAAAAAUAAAGUCUGAAAAUAUUUUGACCAUUCCAAGUCCUGAGAGUGAUAGAGUUGGUCAUUUAACUCAGUUUAGCCUUCCAGUAGGUAAAAGUGGCUUGAGGGGUGGUCUGGCUGCAGCUGUGGGUUUAGGAAGAUGAUGAUAGCCUUAAUUUCCCAUAGAGACUUUGAGGACUGUAAUGUUGACAUCGAGAUGAAACUAUCUACUACAGCUUGCUCUGUCAGUGUUUGUCUGGGUUGAAUAAAGAAUGUAUUAAUUCAGGUGUUAGAACUACUUGAGAGAGCAAGGAAAUGUAUUAAAACAUUCUCAAAAUUUUUUACCAUAAGUGUCUGUACUACAGCUGUGUGUGUGGGUUUUUUAAUUUUUUUCUUCUUCCAAAAUGUUUCAUCCAUGCUACGAGCUGAUCAAAACCCAGUGAAGCAACACACAGCAGUCUUUGAAAAAUGCUUGUAAGCUUUUUCUGUCUCAGUGUACCCAGUAGGUUUGAUCAGCUUGUAUAACUUCAGGAGUUCUGUUUGCAUGCUGUUGUUGCAAAGGGUUGAGCCAAAUACAAUUCAUAGACAUAUACAUAUAUAUAUUUUUCCUUUAGAAGAAUCCACGCUGCUUAACACAGUGGGAGAUUGCUGAUAGCUCAAUUAUUAGUAGUGCUUUAACCCGCUAACACAGUCUCAUUAUUUAUCUCGAGACUACUUCAUUUGUUUUAUUUAAUUUCUCAGCUGAUAAAUUCCAUCUCCUGGGAUACUCAGUGUUUUCAGUCUUAAUUGGUUACUGAUCGGCUCUUCCAUCAGCUGAUACCAGCCUGAAGAUACGAUGCCAAUCCUUCCUUGGUAUGUUUUGGGAUUUGUACAAGAGAAAUCUAGCUUUCUUAUUAACUCUUCUUGUCUUUUAAUAUAAAAAUUUGCCUAAAAUAUCAACUUCCUAAAGGCUGUUAAGAGCAAACCUCAUUUGGAUUUGAUUAUUUAGUUUCCUUCACAUUCUUCUAAGUUUAGGAAACAAAGUAGUUUUAUUGAGCCCUCUGGAAGUUUUUCCUUAAAAUCUCCUGGUGUUAAGAGAGAAGACAAGAUGUUUCAAUGCUUGUGUUUGCAGUGUUACCAUGAGUGCUCCUGUGAGAAGGGCUGGAAAAGCCCCCAGCUGUGGGAACUCAUGAGCUCCUGGUGGAAAUCAAUAGGACCCACAUGUGACUCUUCUUUGCACUUUUCAGAAACCCUCUUCUCUGAGUCAGUAGGCUGUGUUGAGAGGUGGUCUGGAGUGACUGGGAGCCCAGUGCCAGUGGGAUUGUAUGGGCUGGUGCUGGAGCACUUUGUCGGGGUUAUUACGGUGCCAGCUCCCCCUUGCCAAACCCCUUCCCUGGAUCUGUUGAGAAGAUUGAGCAAAGGCCAAAGCUUGCCCAGACCAAGCUGUGCUCUCACACUGGUGGAAACAGCAGAGCUGUCCUUUGAGGCCAGUGGAUAGAAACCACAAAAAGUCAGCACAGCAGUCUUGUCUUUGUGAGGAAAACUGUAGCAAUUUAACUUUUAUUUAGUCAUUAAACCUGAGAGAACCCUUAUGUAGGCACCAGUGUCUGAAACCACAGGGAAAGGUUCCACAGGUGUGGGUGUGUUUGUUGUUUGGGUUUGCUUGGUUGUGUUUUUUUUUGUUUGUUUGUUUGUUUGUGUCAGACAGCACAGUUGUUCAGGUAAAUCUGUUUUAGGGUCUGGUUUACCCUGGUCUGUGUGCCUGGGUGGGGAGGCGGGCUCCUGGGCUAUCUGCACUCAUGUGUCUACACUACCCGUUCAACAGGAUCCGAGUGCUAACUGCAAUUCUUUUAGUUUACAACAUAAAAUAAUAACGAUAGUAAUUCCCAGUGCAAAUUCACAGCAGUGAAACUUGAGAGUGGGAUCAGGCCCACAUGCAAUGCUGGUAAAUCCUUUAAUGUUACUUGUGUCAACAAAACAAAUCUCUUUUUGGAAUAGGAGGUGGGGGAAUAAGGAGAGAUUUUUGUAGUUGUAUUUGCAGUUUCCUCUUCACUCUAGAAAUUCUUUAUCCUUUCACACACAGUUAAGAAUUAGCCAUUUAUUCUUAAUGCUGGCGAUGCAGUCUUUGAUAUUUAAAAUGGAAUGUGUUCCUUUUUGAUGCUCUGUGGUUUUGAAUGAAGUACAUGCUAGCGGCUUAAUGGUGCAGAACAGUUAGAUACUGGCUGGUUUUGUUUUUUUCUUUCUAUAUUAUUUCAUCAUUCAAAAAAAAUUAGAUAUAUUUCUAAAAAGAAGAGACUGUGAAUUGUUUGUGCGGUGAAAUUGUCUUCACAUUGUUGCCAUUCUCUUCUAAGUUGAAAUCGUUUAAUAGCUAUGAGCUGUCACAUUUUUUUGUAAAUUAUAACUGCAUCAAGCUGUGCUGACAAAAUGUCCCUGCAAAACUGUUAAUAUGCAUUGUCAUUUUAAGCAUGAAACAGUUUAGCUAAUGAUUUAUCUCUUAUAAUGCAGCACUUGGGGCAGCUGUAUGAUUUGUCUCUUUAGCAAGUCAAGUAAUUUCUUUAACAAAAUGUUAAGCACAGAUGGGCCAUAGGCUGUCAGUUAACCAUUAUUGUGCAUGCAUCUGCUUGCCUUCAAUGCACUGUUUUAUGUAUUCAGCCACUUACUUAGGCACAGCUCUCUGAAAAGCGGAACCUACUCUGAUUGGCAAAUAAAAUGUUCAUUUGUCUCUUCUUCCUAUUGUUUUGUUUUGGUAACACAUGUCAGCAGCUCAAUUACUCAGUUCAUUAACAGCUCCCAAUGGACAUGAUGGCCAACCCAUGAUAAGGAGGGUGAUUGUGGCACAUAUGGUCAAUAAUAGCCUGUCUCUUGGUAAUUGUAAAUAAAAGUCACUGUUGGCCAUUUCCUUUUACUGCAGCUACUGUUUUCCUUUUCACUUCGCUGUACAAAGCACAUUUCUCUGUGUGAAUCAGCUCAAACAAAAUAAAAAUGCCAUCCACUUAUCUUGGGAAAAUCACUUUUAUCAGUGAUGUGGCGGUUGUUACUUUUCUGUGCUGACUUUUUUUCCAGCUUAGAGCUCAGAGGAGAUGGGAUUGCUCUUUUCCAAUUCCAGUAAUAGGUUAAUUACUCUUAUUAAUCAGUUUACUUAAACAGCAUCAUAUUUUCUUCACAUUUCUCUCAUCUUUUCACUGCAGACUUUGUAAAGUUCCCGUGAAAUUAAAAGAAAGCCGUUUACAAUGAUUCUGCAAGUUUGGCCUUUGCAAAUAGCAUUCUUCAAAGGGGUUAUUGAAGUGUGACUCAAUCCUUGUUAGAUGAGCGAUAUUCAUAUCUGUAACAGAGGUUUGCUCUUUUGGUUUAGUUUCUUGUAUUUUAAUAUAUCAUAAUCAAAAUGACAGUAGAAAGUAACUUUAGUACUGGUGAUUAUUUACCGCUGUACAAAGUAUUCCGUUGCUUUCUAGCAACACUGAUAAUUCUCUUGUAUAUUUGCUGUUCACAGAAAGUGAGCAGUGAAAUGGAUAAAAUUGCAGCUCUGAGUCCUGGUAAACUUGCUAAAAUUGCUUGGGUGGGAGCGCCACAACCUCAGACUUAGGGGUGCUCUUCUAACCUUGGGAGCACGCUUUAUCUUAGAUAAAUAUGGCGUUCAGUUGUGGUGUCUUAAAGAGCUCACAGGUGGCUGGGGGGUGACUCCAGGCCCCCUGAGUUCCUGCCAUACUCAUAACUGAUCUGCAGUCUCCACCCAGGGCUACGGGCACUCAGGGAGUUGUUGAGUGUCAGAGUUUAUUUGUCCUGUUUUGAUUAGCACCGACCUGGCAGGGCGUAUUUUCUUUGCAAUGGCUUCUUGCUGUGACAGGGAGGUUUUGGGAGGAGAGGGGAGCCUGGCGUCAAGUUUCCCCAGGCAAAUACAGCAAAAAGAAGGGCUGAUGCUCUAGGAGGGGAGGUUGUGGGUCAGCUCCAGAGUCUUCAUUGUAUUUUGUAUGCAAAUAUGAGCCUGCUUCUAAACUGGACUGCUCAGAGGGGAGGAGAAAUGCUGAAAGUAGGAAAUGAAGAUGCUGGUUUAUUUUCCUGUGGACUUUAUUUUGAGGAAAGAAAGGAUGCCUGAUGUGUUUCUAGCCCGUUGCCUGUUGAAAGGCCAGCUGCUGAGAGCCUCCCCCAACACAAACACGGGUGAAGGGAGGAAUGCACUGAUGGCCACCUACCCCUGCUCCCAGCCUCGCAGCAAGCCAGCGUAGGUGGUUUAUUUAGCUGGUGCCUGGGGUGACUGAUUGCCCCCAUAGUGGGGUAUUUCUCCCAGCUCGCCCCACCUUUCCUCUGUAAUUCCCCCUGCAGUGUGAUGGAGGGUUGUGCCCGAGGCCCCUCACCUCUGGCAGGGAGAGGCAGUCUGGGAGGGACCCCCUCCAGGUGCUGCAGUUUGGGGUGGCUGGAUUAACCCCUGCUGUGCAUCCCCUGCAUCACGCGCCCCCCCAGCCCACCGCCCCCCUGGCCCCCGCUGCAGCCGUCUUUGUGCCUCUGCAUCCUGCCAGGCAGGUGUCAGAGCCCUGAAUGCGGGCAAAGGCUCCGCUGAUGGAUACCACAGAUGGAGCGUGGAAAUCGGCCGAAUAGGCCUCAGCCACAGGCCGUUUCUUAGGACCCAACAAAAGACUUCCAAAUAAGUCAACAAAAAUCCCCGAAGAUCACAAAGAGAAAGUGUCAUUUGUCAUUUGCUGCGGGUUUGUGUGGGGGUAGCGGCGCCCCUGCGCUCCUCCUCGCCUGCACCCGAGUAAACACGAGGGAGGUCACCCGCAUCCCUUUGGGGUGAAAGGCGGUGGGAUCAGACAGCCCUUGGUGGGACCCGCUGCCGAACCCCCAAAGCUGGGGAUGUCACAGCCGUAGCCUUGAGUCACAGAGAUGUGGCAUGAGGGAGGGAGCCUGUGAAAUUAAUCAUGCACAAAUAAAGAAAUGGGAAGAUCCAAGAAGGGUAGCUAGCAAAUAAAACUGCCACCAGAACCCACCCUAGCCUUUGACUUUUUUUUUUGGUCUUAUUUUAGCAAGAUCCAUAGCUACGCAGAAUUUAUCUAGGGCAGACCGCAGGCUCUUAUGCUUAGAGGAAGAGGCUCAGUAAUAUUUUUUUUUUUUUUUUUUUUUUUUUUUUUUUUUUAAAACUUCACAGUGACAUAACGAUAGCCAGAGAAGCUGUGCCUUCACGGGUUUCAGAAAGACAACCUCUGCCUGUGUUUGUCAGGUGCACUGUGCUGCACCAGUAAUGUAUGGGCUUUAAAUGGUUGUCAUGUUUUUGUUAUUUAAUUAUUCAAAUGAAAUGUCUUGCUGAGAGGAAGAACAACCUACAGAAUGACCUCUUGUGCAUUAUUUUGUUAGUUUCUUUUUUUUUGUCCCGAUGUGUCUACUUAUAGUGUUUGGAAAAGGGACCAUUUCAGAGCUCCAGGUGAUCAAAUACCUACGACACUGUGCAGAGAUUUUUUUCAUUUUAUGGUGAUAACUGCCAUGCAGUGUUUCCUCGGGCCACCAGACAGGUCACAAGGGGUUAAAGGACAAAUAACUACUCUUUAAUUCUGUAAUUUCUUCCUUCUUUAAUUAAACUUCAUGGGUCAGCUACUGGUAGUGCUUUCAGAUGGGUGUCCCAUUUUGGGUGCUGCAGUAAGGAGGGAAGUGGUGAUCCCCAGGGGUCUGGCUGGGGAUCCCCCAGAUGCUGGGGAGUCUCCUCCUUUCUCCUGUUUGUAGCUGGAGGGGUUGGAGUAUUAACAUCAUUAAGACAACUGUAAAGAUUACUGAUAUGUAUGUUGUAUGUUCUGUGGAGGUGAUGGAGACAAAAAUAACUCGGCUAAAAUGUGACCGCCUUUAUCUGUGCUGAAUAGUAUCUUGUUGUAUCAUGGAAGUCAGAGGAUCUCUUCGUGAGAUACUGCUUAGCAAAAGGGGCAAUAUGCUAUGGCUAUUGAACAUAUAGAAAACAAAUACUGCUUUUAUCAAAGUCUGAGGUGUAUCCAAUUUAUGUGCUUAGCAAAUACUCUGAUAGGCUUCUUACCUAUAUAACAUUUUAAUAAUGUUAUUUUAAAAAGGAAAAAUAAGAAUUAAAAACCUUCUUGAAACUAAUAAUCUUUAAGACUUAGGAAUAAAACCAACAUAAUCUGUAGCACAGCUUUCAUUUGAGAUGAUAUUUGUCUGAUUUUAAUAUUGCAGAUCAGACAAGACAAAGAAACUCAAUGUUUUCCAUAAAGCCACACAUAGCAGCCAGGCCCAGUGAAGGGUAACACCAAUGAAAUCAGAUAGAAAUAGAAACCAUUUCAUUUAAGAAAUGUUUUCUCUGUACUUUAUUUUUAUUAUUUUAUCUCUAAAUGUUUGCACUUGAUUAGAUACAUUGUCCUGGACUCUCAGAUACUUUGUUUAGUUGUUUUUUCUGACUGGUUUGCCUUUGUGUCUUUCAUAUACUGCUUAAUGAAAUGUAAAACUAAAAUUAAGUUGUCAGUGUUUCAGUUGUGCAUUCCCAUUGCUGUAUGAAUGCAAGGUGCAGGGAAACUUCACAAGAUUUUGCUAAGUCUUCAUAAAAUCUUUUCAGAAAGACUUACUCCCUAUCCAGCUGGUGGGGGAAUUCAGGUCAGAAAUUUAGCAAUAAAGAUCCACUAUUUAAAGUGGAGUGCACAGUUUAAGCUGCCUUUUUAGUUUAGUUUUGUCUGAAGAAGUAACAUACAUAGGUGUAGAGUCUGAAAGAGAGUAUAUAAAGAUUUCCUGAGAUCAGGGAAUUAAUUUUUUUAAACUCAUUGUACACAACUGAAGGCAACUUUCAUUGGAGAAGUUGUCUCCAAAAGGGACCUUCCUGAGCUCUUUUUGAGAUGUUACUGUGUCAGGAGUGGUCAGAGUGCACUACUGGCCAACAUGACCCUGUUGGCCUGGCUAGUGUGCUCUCCUCCAACAGCCCAGCUUGUCAGCAACAGCUCUUCUGCUUAAGGUGGGUGAUCUGUAUCUGAGGCUAACAUAGGGAAAUUAUAUUUUAAAUAUCCUGUGUUUCUUUUUAUUUUUGAACAGCACCGUGAAGCUUGGCAGUUCCUGGGGAAGGCAGGUGUCACUUGAGACCCUAACUGAGAAGAUUUGGGAUUUGUUACUAACUCAGACAAUGUGUUAUGUUCACUUCAGGGUACCCUAGAUUUUCUGUUUAAUGAACUUGAACUGUUUGGAAUGGGAUCUUUGUGCUGAUUCCCAUUUAUUCUUGAGGACAAUAUUCUCUAGAUGAACAACAUCAUAAUCCAGUCCUACUUGGCACAAAACUUCUGUGCAAGUAAGAGACUCCGGGAGUUGGAUGUUUUCACAGUAGGUUGAUGCUGAGUUCUAGGGGAGCUUCUCUUGAUGUCCUGUGUUUGUGGGGUCCAAGAUAUCGAUGAUGUCUGGACAACGAAGAUAGCUUUCACAUAAGAGCCUCUGGUCUAGCAGUGAUUGUUCUUUCUUUGGUACACAGAAAUUCAUAAACUCUUCAGCUGAAUUUUCUGAAAAAACAUUUUGUCUUUCUCAUGCUGUAAGACUAAGUAAACAGAUUAGGUGUAUUUAUUAGUUCAAACAGCUUGAGUGAAAUUGGAAAUGUAAGAUAGCUGGGAAUGAACAUGGUAGGGAGUUUUAGCUGGAGCUUGAGAAACAGUGAUUUCUUUUUGGCUUUGUGUUCUCAGUUACUUCCAAAUAAAUCACGUUAAGAAGAUUAUUUUAAAUCAAUGUCUAUAUCAGUAAUUCAUUUGGCAUUAUUGAAUUAGUAGAAACAAUGUUUGUAUUUCAACUGAACAAGCAGUUUCAGCAUCGCUGGGGAGUGCCUGCCCUCUUUAGGUGGUUUCCCUUGAAGACUCGGGGAGUGCUUGUCGCCUGGGACAGCAGCUGUCUGCACAAGUCUACUCCUUUGGUUUGCUACUGUGUGUUGGAGAAAGAAUGUGGUUGAGCACGGGCAGAGGCUUUGCUGUGUUCACAGCUGUAGCAAUGGGUUCAGCAGUGGCUGGGUUGUAGCUGGAGUUCACUUGAUUGCCCAGGAGCACAGGGACACCGGGCAGUGACACCAGCACCUGGCUGUGUGGGACCUCCCCCUCUCCACAGCCAUGGCACCCAGUAAGAGUUUCAGUUCUGAUUUAUCUUUAAACUGCUCAUCACAAGAACUGGUAGCCCCUUCCUGGGUCAUGGACGUGCUGUAUGUGGUCUGUUUAUUGCUGACUUUCCUAAAGUACUGACUCAGGGUGUGGUGUGAGGGGCCUUCGGUCCAACGCAGCCCGGCUGUUUUGCAGUCACGUUCCCUGGAGGCCAAGCAUCAACAUAUCUGUGUGUAGCUGUACUCCGUGCUGGAAAACCUCCCAAGGUGAUGAGGAACAAUGAUGAAACCUUAGAAGAAGGAGCAAUGCAGUUUGUGUAUUUCAACUCUUGUCAUUACACAUGCUGGAGUCUCCUCGCUUUAGCAUAAUAACUAGAAGAGUCAAGUCAGAAUACUGCUCUGAUCUGUUGUUACAGGGCUUCUCUGUGCAAUGUGUGUCUCUUAUUUAUUUAUUUAUUUAUUUAUUUAUUUAUUUAUUUGGUGGUGGUGGUUUUGUGUGUAGUGUUUUGUUUGGGUGUGCGUGUGUUUGUUGUGCUUUUUGUUUUUGUUUUUUUUUCCUCUGCAUAUUAACACUUGCCUGGCCUGUCCUAAGGUUAUAUUAGGUGGUCCUAAGGCAGGCAAGUUGCAGAUGAGCAGGAGUUUUUAAAUGUGCUGAGAUAUACUAACACAAACAUAGCUAAAAUACUGUUCAGAGUAUAGGACAAAUACUAUGUGUGACAUGAAGUAAAUAAAUACGUACGUGUAUAUGAGAAUUAAUUUCUUCAAUAGCUCUCCCCAUUCCUUAGUAUUCACUUUCAUAACAAUUUCAGCAGUAAGGUCUCAGUGAUGGAUCUAUAGGGAAGGUCUCAUGGGUGUGUGUCUAUGAAGUUGAAAUGUUUAAGUUACAAUACACACACCAGUGUGACAAAUAUUUAUGUCAGUUCAACCAUUCAGGGAAAGGAAUGAGGUCACAUUGCUUGUCUGAUUGCUUGGGACUAAGCAGGACUACUCAAGUUUUUGAAACACUUGCAAACUGCUGGAGGAGUUAGAACAAAGAAAUUGAAUAAUUCAUUUACUCAAAAAGAUUUCUGGAGGUCCUUAAAUAUUCUUGGGCCAGGAAAAGGUGCUAAACUCGUAGCUGAGAUUUUGACAAGUGUUUAUUUGUUUGAGCACAUUUGCACAACGUAAUGUGUAACUCUGAUUUGUUUCUUACUUUUUUGAAGUCUGCCAACUUAGCUCUGAGUCAUGGGGGCAAAAGCAGCUUUUCCAUACAAGAAGAUAUCAUCGAUUGAUCCAAUAUUUUGCACCCCGCCCCCCCCUUUUUUUUUUCUUUCUACACUAUUAAAGCUAAUUUUUGUCUUUAAUUUUCU